AUGGAGGCCAACGUUGAAGACUUACGUACCAAAGUCCUGCAAAACACUCUUGAGCAGAUCUCGUCGCUAGCUGUUGGAGGAGAUACCGAAUGCUGUGUAAUAUGUCUUGGUGCUUUGGUCGAACAGUGCGAAGUGCAACCUUGCCAGCAUAACAAUUUCGAUUAUAUCUGUCUGGUGACUUGGGUACAAGAACAUCCAACUUGUCCGCUAUGCAAGAGUGAUGUCCGCGAAAUCCGAUAUGAUCUGAGUGAGGAUGGAAAGCAAGGAAAGAUCUACAAAGUUCCAACGCAAUCCGAGGGUCCUGACAAGUCUCAUGACCAGGCCGAAUGUUUAAGCAGAUCGGCCUCGCUUUUUGAGCGCCAAAGCAGCAGCGAUACUGAACGCUCGGAACGAGCUCUACGCCAAUACGAAGAUGAGGCCAUUCAAAGACGGCGUUUUAUCUACCGGAAUAACCUCUACUCUCUCCAUGUGGGUUCGAAUUGGUGCCAGCCUGCAAAUUCAAGAUACAGAGAACUGUCUCCAAAGCUCUUCAUGACAGACCCCGAGCUCGUAGCUCGAGCCAGAACCUGGCUAUGCCGUGAGCUAUGCGUAUUCGAAUUCCUCUAUACAAUCGACGACCCGCCCCAGGGGCAUUAUUCUGUCCGCAGACGCAGACCAAGUAGGGCAGAGUUCUUGCAUGAGUACAUCAUCGCCAUUCUUAAGACCAUAGACAUUCAGCACAGUACCGGCCAGGCGGAAGACAUGAUCCAGGAGUUUCUUGGUCGGAAAAACACCCAACUUUUUCUACAUGAGCUGAAGGCUUGGCUCAGGAGCCCUUAUCGGUGGCUCGGUGCAUGGGAUCAUGCUAUUCAAUAUAGUGAUGGGAAUACCCUGCCCCGAGCAUCGCAGGAUGUGGCUAUAACCCGAGAGUUAGAUUUCUGA